AUGGACGACGCAAGGUCCUUCAUUCACAUCGUACUACAAAGUACUACUGUCACUGACCCUUCGAGCCUGGACCAAGAUGAAAAAAUCCUGGCCAUCCUAGAAAUCCUUCAUGGGCUUCGGAUGACGGUCGUGGACCUCAUGUUAUACUCUACCUCUGGUAGUAAAGCCUCCAUGCUAUGCAGACUGCACGAGCUGGAUCACGCUGUAACAGUUUCAAAGGAUGUUGUGUUCCUUGCCAUGAAAUUGUUGAUAGCUUCUAGAGCAGCACAAGACAAGGGUGGGACAGAAUUGAUCAACAAACUCAAGGGAGGUUCACAUAGUAGCGCACAACUACUCAACUACAUGAUGAGUAUCACCGGCACGACGCGGUACCGGCACCUGCUGAAAUUUAAACACCAUGCUUCGCCUGCCAAAUUUCUCCCCGAGAUCGACUACAUCAAACACCUCGGACGUAGUAAAGACUGGUUACGACUCUAG